AUGCUCAAGGUCUGCCGCUAUACCGCCUCUGCCAGCCGUAUGCGAUCUCUUCGCGCCCUCACUACGUACUCCGGCGGCCAGCCGUCUGAGGGCCAGGGCGGCUUCUAUGGCUCGGCCAAGACGCGAUCCGAAGCCAGUUCCAAGUUCAGCCCCGGCGCACGCGCCGAGCCGCAGGAUUUGACCAAGCUGCAGCAGCUCAUGAGUCAGUGGGAGGCACAGAAGGCGUCGCUUGCUGCUGAAGAGCAGAAGAGGGUGCUUGCGCGGAUCGCGAGCGAGGAGGAGACGCUCAUCCAGCGCCUUCUCAUCCGCGGCGCGCCCGUGUGGGGGCUCUCUGUACAGCAGCGUCACUUUGUGGCCGAGUGCAGCAAGAUUCGCUGCUUCUGA